AGGAGGAGGAGGCAGGCGGGCGGGCGGACGAGGCCGCCCCCAUGGGCGGGUGUGUGGGCGCCCAGCACGACUCCUCGGGCAGCCUCAACGAGAACUCGGAGGGCACCGGAGUUGCUUUAGGUCGUAAUCAGCCUCUGAAGAAAGAGAAACCAAAAUGGAAAAGCGAUUAUCCCAUGACAGAUGGACAACUGCGCAGCAAGAGAGAUGAAUUUUGGGAUACUGCACCAGCCUUUGAAGGCCGUAAAGAAAUUUGGGAUGCUCUGAAGGCUGCUGCACAUGCGUUUGAGAACAAUGAUCAUGAACUGGCACAAGCAAUCAUUGAUGGUGCAAAUAUAACAUUACCGCAUGGUGCCCUUACGGAGUGUUAUGAUGAACUGGGAAACAGAUAUCAGCUUCCAGUCUAUUGCUUGGCCCCACCAAUCAACAUGAUAGAAGAAAAGAGUGACAUAGAGACUCUGGAUAUUCCUGAUCCAGCACCGAAUUCUGGAUAUGAAUGUCAACUCCGUUUACGUCUUUCCACAGGCAAAGAUCUCAAACUUGUGGCUCGUAGUACAGACACAGUAUACCACAUGAAGAGGAGGUUGAAUGCAGUGGAAGGGGUAGAACCAAGUAGUCAGCGCUGGUUCUUUUCAGGCAGGCCACUCACUGACAAAAUGAAACUGGAAGAAUUGAAGAUCCCAAAGGACUAUGUAGUACAGGUUAUUGUGAGCCAGCCUUUGCAAAAUCCAGCACCAGUUGAGAACUGAACUGGUCUUGUCGGCUGGUUUUCCCUUUUGGUUUUUCCUCCUUUAUGGCAUGAAAUUUAUUUUCACUGCCCUUAUUUACCUGUGAGUUCUGAGGAAUGACCAAUGAAAAAUUCCAUCUGUGAUGGAGAUCUACAUAAAAAAUAAAACACAAAGAGCCAGCCUUUGAGACUCAUAUGACUGCCAUUUCUAAUGCAAGAGUCAACAAAUGAAAUAACCAUUUAUUAAAAAAAAAAAGAAACCUAACAUAAAUGGCUUUGUUUAAAUGAUUUGAACAAUGAAUAAAGCAGCUAUCCAUGAAGAACAGCACCUUUUGAAUUCAGAAUAAGUUUUUUUAAGCAAACCAAAUUAAGCUAUUUCAAAAAAUUCCUACUGCAUAAUUUACCCCCAAAUGUAGCUUUUUUUUGACGGCAACAGAAGUGCAGUAUUUGUGAUGUUUCUUUUCUGAUUUUAACUGCUGUUAUUCAGACUCAUUCAUCAAGGGGAAAAAGUGGGAAAAAUAUUCCUAGCAUUGUGUUUCAGCAUUGCUUUCCCUUUUUUCAUGUGUUGAGGUUUUUAUGUUCAUACCAACCAAUUUUGGUACCUUUUUUCAGUCUGGUGGUAGGCAGACUUAUGCUGUUACUGACUCUGGAGCACUAGGCAAUAACUUAGUAAAUACAGUAAAAUCUCUUAUGUUA